CCAUCGUGAUGCUUGCGUGCCUCUCCCAAUUCUGCUGCGACCCGACUGAGCAGUUACAUUGGGUAAGCUCUAGUGCUCAUCCGCCAUUUUCAACAUACUGGAAAUCAGGUAGACCCAAAACUGCCGGUGAAAACAAUAGAAUCCAUGAACUUUGUAAGCUCUAAGGGGGCUCAAGGUUCAGUCGAGUUAGAUAUCCGCUAUCCAGGUUGUAAUGGCUUUGCCUCAAGAAGCAUAUGAAACCUUGGAUGACAUCCCAGCUCAUGUUUGGAAAGGACUGCCAAACAGCAUGAAGCUGGGACCAUCAGCUGUCAACCCGAAUCGUAUUGGUGUCUGGGCAUCAAGACUAAUACCUAAAGGCAAAAGAUUUGGACCAUUUGUAGGGGAACGAAAGAAGAGAUCUCAAGUGACCAGCAAUGUUUACAUGUGGGAGGUGUAUUUUCCAGCCUGGGGAUGGAUGUGCGUGGAUGCCACAGAUCCAAUGAAGGGAAAUUGGUUGCGCUAUGUGAACUGGGCACGCUCCUCUCAAGAACAAAACCUAUUUCCUCUGGAAAUCAACCGAGCUAUUUACUACAAAGUGUUAAGGCCAAUCGGACCGGACGAAGAACUUCUCGUGUGGUACAAUGGGGAAGACAAUCCUGAGAUAGCAGCUGCAUUAGAGGAAGAAAGGACUAGCAGUCUGAACAAGAAGAGUUCGCCCAGAGCGAAACGAGCAAGGAGGAAGCUGUCGGAAAAAAACAGGCUGGCUGAUUUGGGUGGAUUCUGUGAACCAAAGAAAUUGAGUGUUACUGAAUCUUCAGUCACAGACAUGCAGGACACAGAGGAAGGGCUUAAUGGAGAGGAAAGAACCUCAUCACCCACAGAAUUACAACAGGAGAAUCCGCCUUCCCAGUCAUCCUCCACAGAGGGGCAAAAUCAAGCCCAGUCUCCAGAAAUGGACCAAACUGAACAGUUGGAAGAGGACAAUGCAGAGGCUGAAGGGCAGCAGCCACAAUCAAAUGACAGCCCUCAUCCAGAACCCUCUGAGGCAGAGUCAGGUGAUGGGAACGAAAGGUCUGACCUGCAGGUCCAUUCGGGGAGCCCUGCCGAAGAAUUCUCUGAGAGUCCACUAUGUGAUACAGAGUGUGGAUCCUCAUUAGCGAAUCCUGAGUUGGAGGCAGAAGGAGAUUUUGAGGAUGACACCCAGGGAGGAACGGGGUACCCCUGUCAGCACUGCGAACGUCAUUUCUCCACCAAACAGGGCCUGGAGCGUCACGCUCACAUUCACACUACUUCAAACCAUCAAACACAUACUUUUAAGUGCAGGUACUGUACAAAGCCCUUUGGCUCUCAGGUAGGCAGGCGUCGACAUGAACGAAGGCAUGAGAAUGGAAGUAAAACUUUAAAUAGGCCUGGAUCGCUCACCGGAACGGCGUUUCUCCACAGUCCUUCUACACCUAAUGAAUCUGCUACUUCCAGCAGUGUGUCCUCUCCAAGCCACGCAGUUGUUACAAGCCCACAUAACGGUCCACCGCAGCAAAGCUCGGACAGUUUGAAAAAAGAGCCUGGUGCCGAUUCAUACCGACCUUUAAUAUUGGAAGAGAACGGAGAGUCGAAAGAGCUUCAUCCUUGCAAGUACUGUAACAAGGCUUUCGGCACACACACCAAUAUGCGCAGGCACCAGCGCAGAAUCCACGAGCGCCAUCUAAUGCCAAAAGGCGUUCGGAGGAAAGGUAUGCUUCUGCAAGACAGCUCGUCCCAACAACAACAACAUCAGCAGCAGCAGCAGCAUGUACAAGGGCAGCCUGUUUUGCUCCAGGAAGAGUCACCAAGUGCCAGUCCCCCACCUAUUUAUGUCCCCAGUGUGGAUACAGAAGAUGAGGGUGAGAGAGAGGAGUGUAUGGUGGAUAUCUCUAACAACAUUUCUGAAAACCUCAGCCAUUACAUAGAUGGAAAGAUCACAUCUACAAACACAGUUAGCAACUGUGAAGUCAUAGAGGUUGAUUCAAGCACUGCAGCGUUGUUUGGGCUUGACGCUCUUCUUAUGAAUCCAAAACGAAUUGGUCACGCUCUUAAAGUUGAAACACGGACUCAGUCAGUUUCUUGUGCAGCUCAGUCAGUUUCGAAAAGACGAACAGCUACGCCGCCAUUGCUACCGGCUGUGAAAGUGGAGACAGAAACUGCGUCUUCCUCAUCCUCCAUGUCCUCCCCUUCCUCUCAAUCACCUUUGCUGGUUGGAAACAUUUUCUCCCAAUCAACGGAAGCUUUUCAAAAAGAGAAAACUGUUUAUCUUUCUCCAAAACUUAAGCAACUACUGCAGGCUCCGGACGGUCAAAAACCAGCCAUUGGUCUGAUUACAGAUAGCCAUAGAUUGACCACCCCACUUUCUGUAACGUCACUGCCUGCUGUUCAGGGUCGGUUUAAAAGAAGAACUGCAUCACCUCCCACAACCUUACAGAAUAGCCCUUCGCAAAGAAACGAUAGCGCAAACAAUGCAACCAACGCACCGUGUCCGCUGAAGGUGCCAAAGAUCGAAAGCCAUUGCGUGACCGCAGCCUGGAGUCCAUCCAGCAAAGACCAUGAUGAAGCCAUGAACCUAACAGGAAAAGACUGGUCUCCUUCCAGAAGCGGGGGGAAUUCUUGUAAUCAGCAGCCACUUGACCUUUCGAAUUCUUUUAGUAGAGAGAGCACUGUAAGCAAAAGUACUGGAGAGGCUGUGCUAGAUUUAAGUAUGACUCGAAAAAGUGAUGUUGACCCCGAUGUGAAAACGAGCUCAGUCGUUCAGCCACAUGUAAAGAGGAAGAAACCCAAUACUAGCAUUUUGGAGAAAGUGUUGAUGAAUAAUUAUGCUGAUCUAAGCUCUCCUGGUGAAGAGGGCUCAAACACACUUGAUAGUCCUGAUGCUUUAUCGCCUUCUGAGAGUGCCGCGUGUCUCGACCCAUCUAGUCCUGGUUCAGAGCGCCUUCCUUGUGAAUCGACCUCUCCUCCUUCGUUGACCCCUAUGACUAUUAAUCCUUCUUCUCCAUCAUCUUCUAGUGUAACAUCAUCUACACCGCCUCCACCUGUCCUACCCACUGCUUCACCUUUAUCUUCGCAUCACGCACGGAUGUCAGACACCCCAUUACAUUCUCCGUUUCCUGUGUUAUCUCCAAAACUGUCCCCCAAGCCUGUUGACGAUAGUUUGGAGGAAGUGUCAAAUGGAGCUACAUUAACAGAUUCAUAUCAUGAUGCAUUAAAUCCCAAUGAAUUGGACCAAACUGCUGAGCAUUUAGACCCUGCAAUUUCUGCAUUGCCUCAGGAUACAGAAAGACAUUGUAAAGCAGAUUCAGCUUCAAAGUCUGAAACACUACUUGAAGGCUCAACUCAUGAUACUAAACGAAAUGCAGAUCAAGCUAAUUCUUCUCACGUAGAGCAGGACACUGCCUGUGAAACCAGCCAAAGUCGUUCCUGUGAAGGAACUUUCCCUCAAGACCUCAAUAUUAAAACAGAAGGGCAACACCAAUCAAAGUCUUCUCAUUCUUCAGUACAAUCAACUCCUAUAAAGGAUUCCCCAUCACCCACCUUUCCCAGUGAAUCACAGCCUUCUGGAAAAACAGUGUUUGAUAAUGUUGAAGAGGAUACAGAUAGUAAAGAGGAGCCAGUUGAUGAAAAAGCAAUUGGAGAUGAAGUUUCUGCAUCACCUGGAACCCCAGCUACAAGUUAUGAUGAAGCUGAUACACCAGAGAGGGAGACGUUUGUUAAGAGUUUUGUAUGUAAUGUCUGCAAAGAGCCGUUUCGCUCUAUCAAAGACCUUAGCGGCCACAUAAUAGCGCACGCAUCCGAGUGGCCUUUUAAGUGCGAGUUUUGCGUGCAGUUAUUUGGUAACGCUGCCGCUCUUCUCGAGCAUCGUUCCACCCUCCAUGGGGUAGGAAGAAUUUAUGUGUGCUCCGUUUGCUCAAAGGAGUUUGCCUUCCUCUGCAAUCUCCAUCAGCAUCAAAGUGACCUACAUCCAAGUCAGGCGUGCACUCACACCGCCGUUGAAAAUGGAAAGCUCAGACCUCAGAAUUACACAGAUCCUGCUCAGGCAAAUACAGUUGACACAGUUGCUGACUCAACCACUGAACCCCCCUCUCAGGAUUCCUUGGAGGAACAUGACAAUAAUGACACUAAGAAAACAGAAGAAGAAGCAGAAAAUGGUCACGAUGACCCGACAGAAGAACUGUACACUACAAUAAAGAUUAUGGCAUCUGAGGCUGGUAAACCGAAAGGUCCAGAUGUUCGGCUUGGAAUCAAUCAACACUACCCCAGCUUUAAGCCUCCGCCUUUUCCUUACCACAACCGAUCACCUGAUGGCUCAGUCGCCUCUGCGACUAAUUUCACUACACACAACAUCCCCCAAACAUUUAGCACUGCAAUUCGGUGCACGAAAUGUGGAAACGGCUUCGACAACAUGCCUGAGCUACACAAACACAUAUUAGUUUGCGCCAAUGCUAGCGAUAAAAAGCGUUACACCCCAAAAAAGAAUCCUAUACCUCUCAAACAAAUUGUGAAGCAGUCUCCCAACGGUGUGCUUUCUACCACUGUAGCUGCUGCUGGACAGAAUGCGUUCCGCAGAAUGGGUCAGCCUAAAAGGCUAAACUUCAACCAAGACAUCUCCUCCAAAACAAAGUUAACAGCUCUGAAUAAAAAGAAAAACCAACUGGUCCAGAAAGCCAUAUUUCAGAAGAACAAGUCGGCCGCUUCUGCAAAGAAAUCGACAAUCCAGGUCAAGGAUGAAGAGACCCACGGGAUCCACAUGUGCCCACACUGUAGCAGAGAGUUCACAUACCCAGCCAGCCUCGCUAAGCACAUCGCAUGCAGCUGUCCACUGAGGCCUGUUGCAAAAAAGUUGAAAAAAGGAGCCCUGAUGCCUCAAGACAAAAACAUGAAACUCCGAAGCAGGGCCACCGACUCUGAAAUCAAACAAGAGACGGGCUCUGGACCGGGCGGAAAGGCUUUGGGAAAAACGAGAGCCCGGAGCUCAGAGCCAUCGGAGAUUGAAGUCAAACCAGCGAAUAAAGGAAAAUCACCUCAGGUACGGACCAAGAGGCCAGCUUUGACAGACAACGCUGCACCGCAAAGUAAAAAAGGCAAAAAGAGCAACGAACCACAAACGUCAAUAACUCCUGCGCUUAAUGAUGACCCUUCGACACAACCGCUGUCAAAAAUCCAACGUGGACCGAAAGAUGCCGUCGUGAAGGAAACUGUUGUUGUGAAGGAGGCUGUCAUGAAAACGCCACCGACAAAGAAGGAGGAGCGUUUUUCAACGAGGACACGGGAGAGGAUGGGUGGGCCAGUCACGCGCAGUGCCCAAAUGGCUAGUGCUUCAGCUCCUUCAGAAGUGAAGACUGAAGACCCCUUAAAUCAUGAUCCAGGCCAGACUGAGGAGUCAUUAAAGUUAGCCAGGUAGAUAUCAACGUACUGUAAAGGACUGCUUAAGUAAGCGACUGGACUGGGAAGUGUAUCCUAACAUGGAUUAACUUGAUCAGGGCCUGAAUGUUCAGGGGGACCAGGAGUUUUUCUCUGCUUGUGUUGGCCCCUUGGAAAUGUCUUCUCAGCGCACUUUUACAAAGAAGCCUUUUGACGUCUAACCCCAACCCCAAAAUGGACUAAAGAAUAUAAUUAAUAAAAAAAUCAUAUUUGAUUUAUAAAUGUUGACCUGGUUUUGUUAGGUGUUGCAAGAGGCAAUCAUUUACCAGUUGCUUUUUCCAAGUCUAAUGAGCCUGUGAGGUUCUGCCUUCUAAUGCCUGCGCUCUGUAUACAGUAUGACCGGACCGAUCUUUCUCCAUGGCUCCGUUUUGACCUGCUCCUCUUUAACUGAGAGAAAUUAUUUGAAGAAGAGUAUAUAUAUAUAUAUAUAUAUGUAUGUAUAUUUAAGUAAAUAUAAUCCUCCACAGGGAAUGUUUAUCAUACUGAGGCUCUCAUCAUUUGAGAGUUUUACUUUGUUGUUGUCGUUUUGUUUUUGUUAUAGUCUAUGAAUUCAGCUGUUUGAUACAGUCGGAGUGAACAGGAGAUUUGUUUGCUGUACGUAAGGUGUUCUGUCUUCACCUGCACCAGCCAAAACCUUAAGCCAUUUUCGAUUUCAUUUCUUUGUACCUUUUGUAAUCUACAGCAUUCACAGCAGGGCUGCUGGCCAUUAAAAUUACACUAAACCUACAACUGCACAUGAAGAAUUGUCUUCUGCACUUGCAUGAAUAUGAAUCGAAUCGUUUGUAAGUGCCAUUAAUGAUACCCAAAUUAUGUCAUUGUUUGCGUAUUAGUAAUCUGAUCAAUCAGGUUGCUCGUUUCUAAUUAAAAGCACUUUAUUUAGGCUAAUUUGCCUUUGAUGAAAAUCAGAUUUGUGAAAGUGAUUUGAAGCAAUUUUUAUACAAUGUGAUGACACACUGUUUAAAAUUAGCAUUAGUUUUCAUUGAUAUGAUCUAUAUGAGUCACAGCCUGAGGCCACCUCAGAAGUUUGCUUCCAGUCUAUUAAGACCCAGUUAAUGUGUCAUUUUAAUAUAAUUCGCUUGUUCGCACCGUUAUAAGCACUCUCUUUACCACUCAAGCAUUACACAAACCGUUUGUUUUUAUUGUUUCUCAUUUUUAUAAAAUGGAUAAGGCCCACGCUUUAAUAGAACAUCUAACUGGACUUAAAAUCUUUAGUGGUCUACCUCCUGGCAAGCUUUGAACUGAUGCGUUUUCUGCUUUUGGACAGCGUAAUCCCCUUCACUCCUAAGCCUGUCUCUGCCGUGUCAUUUCCACUUCACAACCUGGACAUUGAAAACAGGGAUCUGAACAAGAUCUGAACGCUUGAAAUGGUUUUUAAGCAAGGAACUCUUAAAGAAACUUUUCAAAAUUUCCAUUUUGCAGUAUGUCUUUGCUGUCCUGCAUUGAGAUAUAUUUUGGGAAUGGAAUGUUGACCGUGUUUUGUGAUUAUAAACAAUAUCCCUCACAAAUGUAAAAUGCAUUGUUCUCAUUGAGAUAUUAAAUUGUUUUUUCCAAAUGGA